AAACAAUGAUAAAGUCCAAAAAACAUUACACAAGAAAUAUUACAACUUAUUCUCACUUCAUUCUAUAUAUAACAUCUAACAUCCGUAAUUUAAACACAUUUCAUGAGGAAAAUUUUAAUAGAAAACACGUUUAUAAUUUUUAUUUCAAUAAAAUGGAUUUUACUGACAAAGUAGUACUUAUAACUGGAGCUUGUUCGGGUAUCGGUGCCGCUACUGCUCUAUAUUUAGCAAAACUGUCCGCUAAACUAGCACUUGCUGGGCAAAAUGAAAAAAACCUGUUAGAGACAGUCGCAAUGUGUGAAAAGGAAAAAGGUUUUAAGCCUUUAGCUAUUGUUGCGGAUAUUACGAAGGAAGCCGAUGUGGAAAGAAUUAUAAAAGAAACAUUAGAACACUUCAAGCAACUGGACGUGUUAGUGAAUAAUUGUGGAAUUUCUAAAAGUGGUGGAAUCAAAACUACAACUCUAGCAGCAUAUGAUAUUGUUAUGAAUACUAAUGUUCGAGGUACCUUCUAUCUAACAUCGUUAGCAGUACCACAUCUGAUAAAGACAAAAGGAAAUAUCGUUACAGUAUCUAGUGUAUCUUCAUCGAAGUCUGUACCAAAUAUAACAGUAUAUACAAUGUCAAAGGCUGCGUUGGAUCAGUUUACCAGAAAUCUCGCUGUAGAAUUAGGACCAGAUGGUGUGCGUGCAAACUGCGUCAAUCCAGGUUUAGUAGCAACUAAUUUACUUACUCGAAUGGGUUUUAAUGACGAUCAGUAUAAUGCAUAUUUUGAACAAAUGGUAAAGGAUACACCUUUGGGAAGAUUAACUGAACCCAAAGAUGUGGCUGCUUUAAUUAGUUUUCUAGCAAGUGAUCUAGCCAAAAGUAUUACCGGUGCCACACAUUCAAUCGACGCAGGAAGGUAUUUGUAAAACUGAAUGGAAAUACCCUUUCUGAUACAAGUUUAAUACAGUUACAGUUAACAAUACCUGAAUUAUAUAACAUGUAAAUAUAUACCAUUAAUAAACUUUUUUAUGUUCAAAAAAUGCUUUCCCUUGUAUUUAUGUAAACUUUCUUACUUUAACGAUGUAUCAAAAGUACAAGGUAUAACUAAUUACAUUCUAGUUAGCGUCCUAUAUUAUAUCAUAAUAAAUUUAUUAUAUAACCA